AUGACUGAGGACAACUACUCCUUGACAACAGAAUUCAUCCUGGUGGGAUUCUCAGAUCACCAAGAUCUAAAGACCCUUCUAUUCCUGGUGUUCUCUGCCAUCUAUCUGGUCACUAUGGUGGGGAAUCUUGGGCUCGUGGUGUUGAUCUACAUGGAACGCCGUCUUCACACACCCAUGUACAUCUUUCUGAGCAACCUGGCUCUCAUGGAUUCCUGCUGCUCCUGUGCCAUCACUCCCAAGAUGCUAGAGAACUUCUUCUCUGUGGACAGAAAGAUGUCUUUGUACGAAUGCAUGGCACAGUUCUACUUUCUUUGUUUUGCUGAAACUACAGACUGCUUCCUCUUGGCAGCAAUGGCCUAUGACCGCUAUGUGGCGAUAUGCAACCCUCUGCAGUACCACACUAUGAUGUCCAAGAAGCUCUGUCUUCAGAUGACCACAGGAGCCUACAUAGCAGGAUCCCUGCAUUCCAUGAUUCAUAUAGGGUUCUUAUUCAGGUUAUCUUUCUGUAGGUCUCAUAUAAUCAAGCACUUCUUUUGUGAUGUCCUUCCAUUAUAUAGACUUUCAUGUGUUGACCCUUACAUCAAUGAAUUGAUGAUACUCAUCUUUUCUGGUUCAAUUCAAAGUUUUACCAUUACUGUAGUCCUGAUAUCUUAUUUUUAUAUCCUUUUUACUAUAUUCACAAUGAAGUCCAAAGAGGGAAGAAGCAAAGCCUUAUCUACUUGUGCUUCCCACUUUCUAUCUGUGUCAAUAUUCUAUGGUUCUCUUCUCUACAUGUAUAUUCGACCAAGUUCAGUGAAUGAAGAGUAUAAAGACAUACCUGUUGCUAUUUUUUAUACUCUAGUAAUUCCUUUAUUAAACCCCUUUAUUUAUAGUCUCAGAAAUAAGGAAGUAAUGAAUGUGCUGAAAAGAAUAAUAAAGAGAAAACUGUAG